AGGAAAAGGAGUGGUCAUGUGACGUAUGGAUUGUUUCGCGAAACAUCUUAGCUAGCUGCACAGCUAGCUAAAGUAUCUAAUCAUAAUUACAUUUUAUAACGCAGCAUAAUUUAAAUACAUUUGAAUAUUAAACUUCCAGCAGAGUCAUGAAUGGGAGUACAAAUCCGCUCUUGGACAAAGAAGAACAUGUUUUGAAGCUCGGAGAGAGCUUUGAGAAGAGGCCAAAAUCAUCAUUUCACACCAUCAGAUAUGAUUUCAAACCAGCUUCAAUUGACACAAGCUGCGAGGGAGAGUUGCAAGUCGGUAAAGGAGAGGAAGUCACCAUCACAUUACCUCACAUUCCAGGCUCUACACCACCCAUGACAGUAUUCAAAGGGAAUAAGCGGCCAUAUCAGAAAGACUGUGUUCUUAUCAUCAAUCAUGACACUGGGGAGUACAUGCUGGAGAAGUUGAGCAGCAGUAUCCAGGUCAAGAAAACCAGAGCGGAGGGCAGCAGUAAGAUCCAGGCCAGGAUUGAGCAGCAGUCGGUGCGUGCCACUGCCACCCAGCCUCCAGCGCAGUUCCGUGCCCCCACUAAGCCUGGUGCAGGGGCCAAGACCUCCCCCUCCCCUUGCAAGGACAACCCCUCCCCCUCCCCUUGCAAGGACAACCCCUCCCCUGAGCCCCAACUAGAUGACAUCAAGAGAGAGCUGCGAGCGGAGGUGGAGGUUAUUGAACAAAUGAGCAGCAGUAGCGGCAGCAGCUCAUCUGACUCGGCCAGUGGCUCUGGUAGUGGGGACGACAGCUCUAGCAGUGAUGGGGAGCAUGACACCCCUCACCCCCAACCUGUCCCACUCCCUCUCCCCCACAUCCAGCCCUCCCCCAACCGUAACCCCAUGGCCAACGGAGGAGCAGACAGGCAACAGGGCAGCAACCAGCUGAUGAACACGCUCAGGAAUGACCUCCAGUUGAGUGAGUCAGGCAGCGACAGUGAUGACGACUGAACUGCCCCCAUCUACCUCAUAUUAUCACACCAUCUUGCUCUCCUCUUUCUUCUCUUUGCCUGGUUCUGUUGUUUUGUUGCUGUGGUAACCGACCCAAUUGUAAAGUCUGGUUUUAUUGUAUUUGUUAUAUCUCUUGAGAAACCGGCCAACCUAGAGAUUUAAUAGUGUAUUUUUUGAUUAGCUGUAUAUUUUGUUUUGUAUUUUUAAAUCUUUUUACAUAUGAAAACAUGCUAAAUAAUAUAUAUUAGAAUGCAUAUAUAUGCACUGCUCAAAAAAAUAAAGGGAACACUUAAACAACACAAUGUAACUCCAAGUGAAUCACACAGGAGGUGCACUGCCAGCGCCCUGCAAAAUGACCUCCAGCAGGCCACAAAUGUGCAUGUGUCUGCUCAAACGGUCAGAAACAGACUCCAUGAGGGUGGUAUGAGGGCAUUUUGCAGGGCGCUGGCAGUGCACCUCCUUGCACAAAGGCGGAGGUAGCGGUCCUGCUGCUGGGUUGUUGCCCUCCUACCACCUCCUCAAAGUCUCCUGAUGUACUGGCCUGUCUCCUGGUAGCGCCUCCAUGCUCUGGACACUACGCUGACAGACACAGCAAACCUUUUUGCCACAGCUCGCAUUGAUGUGCCAUCCUGGAUGAACUGCACUACCUGAGCCACUUGUGUGGGUUGUAGACUCCGUCUCAUGCUACCACUAGAGUGAGAGCACCGCCAGCAUUCAAAAGUGACCAAAACAUCAGCCAGGAAGCAUAGGAACUGAGAAGUGGUCUGUGGUCACCACCUGCAGAAUCACUCCUUUUUUGGGGGUGUCUUGCUAAUUGCCUAUAAUUUCCACCUUUUGUCUAUUCCAUUUGCACAACAGCAUGUGAAAUUUAUUGUCAAUCAGUGUUGCUUCCUAAGUGGACAGUUUGAUUUCACAGAAGUGGGAUUCACUUGUAGUUACAUUGUGUUGUUUAAGUGUUCCCUUUAUUUUUUUGAGCAGUGUAUUUCUGUAGUUAGAGCUCCUAGUUGUAUCAACUUAUAUCACAAGUCUUUGUUGUUUUCUUGUUUCAUCACAGGGGAGGGGCUUAUUUGGACUAUAUCACCCCCAUCGUCCCUAUUUAUCUGGAAAUCAAAAGAAGGCACUGAAAGCAUUUCACCCAUUCCAUGUUUUUAUCGGUAUCUUUCAAAAUCAGUCUUUUAAGAGGCCAGAAUACAGCUCACAUCGAUCUAAGCUAUAGACGAUACUAAAGGACAUACUCAUAUUUUUCAUGUAAAUCAGUUUAAAUUGACAACUUACUAAAGGUUUUAGCUGGAAUAUUGACCUGUUCUGGUGAACAGGUAAAUAUCAGCAACAGGUAAAUUGUAGUAAAUGAGCCUGGGUCAAUCCUUUACAUGUCAAAGCACUUUAGUUUAAUUUCAUAUAGCCUAAUAAACUGCAUGCUUUCCGUAGUCGUAGUGGGAGGACCACACAAUAUCAUCACAUGACUCCAAAUUUACUUCGAUAUGAUAGUUAUAUCAAUAUUUGCACAUGAAGGCGUUUCCAUUGCCAUUUCUCGCAUUAUUAAUUUUACAGACACAAAAAGAUCCCACCUUGUCUACUGUAUUUUGUUUUGUCAAAAUUUGGAAAGUUUACCGACAAAAUGUGCUGUUUCCACCAGGCCUGUCGUGGCAUUGUUUUAUCCGACAUGUACUUUACUCGCAUGAAAAGAUUGGAUGGAAACCUGGUUACUGGCCCAACCAUAUAUCACUGUCCCAAAUCCCCAACCAUAUAUCACUGUCCCAAGUUCCCAACCGUAUAUCACUGUCCCAAGUUCCCAACGAUAUAUCACUGUCCCAAGUUCCCAACGAUAUAUCGCUGUCCCAAAUCCCCAACCAUAUAUCACUGUCCCAAGUUCCCAACCGUAUAUCACUGUCCCAAGUUCCCAAGUGUAUAUCACUGUCCCAAGUUCCCAACCGUAUAUCACUGUCCCAAGUUCCCAACCGUAUAUCACUGUCCCAAGUUCCCAACCGUAUAUCACAGUCCCAAGUUCCCAACCGUAUAUCACUGUCCCAAUUUCCCAACGAUAUAUCACUGUCUCAAGUUCCCAACCUGAUAUCAUUGUCCCAAGUUCCCAACCAUAUAUCACUGUCCCAAGUUCCCAACCAUAUAUCUCUGGCCUAGUUUCAGACCAGUGUAGGACAAAAUAAGCAAAACAAAUAGUUUUUAGAAUACAGACACCGAACUUCUAUUUUUACUUAGAAAUUAGUCUAUUUUCACUAGAUUUUGAGUUAUUCAUAAAAUGUAAACGCUGAUAUAAAUUGACCACUUGUUUUUUUCAUCAAUUCCGUUGAUUCAACUGAUUUUGAGUGAUAGCAGUCACGUUAGAUCACAUCUUUUAAUUUAGCAACUGUUGUGACAGUGAAUAUCAUUUGAUACUCUAUAUCAUGUGCCCUGUAACAAAACAAUCCCUAAUCCAAAAUAUCUUGAUGUAUCCCCCAUAGAGAAGUGACGUUGUGGCUGUAUCCCUGCCAUAGUAUCCCACUGGGCAGUGGGCACUCCACGUAAUUGAAAUGUGGAAAUGUGGGUAAUAUUUGGUUGAAAUUUCAACCUUUAUUCACCCACUCAAAAAGUCAGCCAGAAAUUUGUUGAAUUUCCGGUGUGUUAUCACUAUGCAUUCAACCAUCGAAAUGCACAACCAAAUUCCAAUUCGAAAAACGGUGAUUUCUAGUUUAGUUAUAAUCUAAAUGUUAUCACUGCGCUUUCAACCAUUUUAAACCACAACCAGGUUCAAAUGGCAAUAAAAUGUCAGAUAAUUUGUAUUUAUAUUACAAUUUGAUGUGUUAUCACUGUGCAUAAUUUAAUAGCACGACCAAAUGACCUGGAUUGCAACUGAGACUACGUUAAAAUCACAUAGUGCAAAGUGAUCAAUAAUGUUCGAGAUUCUGCGCAGAUUAUUAUAGCAAUUGUGAAGAUCUCCACAGACCUGCGGUGUUUGAACAUGCACACUUUCAAUUAUUACAUAAGACAUUUCUAGUUACUGUAGGCUAACCUCAAAAUGUGGCCAUGGAUGUGUGUUACUCAUUUUAAGAUUGAAUAAAUACUGGUACAUUAGUUUGUAAGAUAGCCUUAACUUUAGGCUAUUUACUGUAUUCCAAAAGUCAGCCAAAUAUCAACCUUUUAAAGGAUAUCUAAUGCUUGGAUGGUUUCAUCUGAGCCACUGCCUUAACCCUAUUCUUUAACUUUUAUUUUUGGUUAAAUUGGAGACGUGAAUCCAACAUAUCGUUUGUUAACUUGUCGUCAAGUUAAUAGGCUAUUUACUGUAUUGCAAAAGUGAUAUUGAAUUGUGCUUGGUUGUCAACACAACCAAAUAUCAACAUUUGAAGGAGAUGUAUCUUUUUUUUUCCACUGACUGAGUCUGGCUUUAAUUCCAGUUUGUCUACAAAUUAAUAAUUGAUAUGUUGGAUUUGCGUCUCCAUCUCAACCAAAAAUCAAAGUUGAAGAAUAGUACUAAAUCUAGUCAAACUUUAAAUGCACUUUACAUAAACUUUACAUAAACCUAUUCAUUAAUUUAGCCCUAGUCUAGUCAGUGACAAAUAUCAAAGCUAAGCAGGGCUGGGCUUGGUUAAAACCCUGGAUGGGAAACCAAAUGAAUAGCUGUAUAUAGAUCAACUCUCUAACAGAAGGUUCUGCUGAGCCUAUUGAUUUUUUUCUGAUAGUGGAUAUGUCGUUGAAGAUCUGAUGUUGUUUCAAAGGUACAAAUUCAGCAUAUUUUAUACAAGGUUUGUCUAUGUUGAAAAUUGGUUACAACGAUGACAUAAUCCUGUGGUUGAAAUUCCACCCUCAAAAUAAGUUUACAUUGAUAACUUUUUUUAAAUCCUAUAUAUUUUCCACAUAGAUUCCAUGUCACAAUACAUUGACACAUUAACGUUGAACCAACGUUGAUUCAACCAGUUUGUGCCCAGUGGGAUGUGUGUUCAUAAGGUGUUUAAAUGGUAUUUAACUGGUGCUGUUUUGUGUCUGGGACAUAAAGCAAGCGAUGCGUAUACAAAUGUAAUAUAAUGUUUUGUUUUCACUGCAGUUUGGAUCCAUGUACUUGGAUGCUAUUUCCAAUUUGUGUCUCUCUGGCAUCCAGUGUUAUUUCUGACUCAUACUGUUACUGUCCCAGUACAACCUCUCUUGCCACAUUUAUCGAGGUGGUUGACUUAUUGCGUUUAUCUCUAGGUUUUGUGCUUUGAGGUGUAUUAAAGUGUGCAAAUGUAUUUAAAUUGAAUUAACUUUUUAUGUGUUGACCUCACAUCAGUCAACCAAAAUAAAGGAAGAAAACAGUCA